GCGUACAAUGGCAAAGGAAGACGACGAAUCGCCAGACGAGAGAAGUGAAGCCGCAGUCGUCGUUCUUGGUGAUGUCGGCAGAAGCCCACGAAUGUGUAAUCACGCAAAAAUGCUCGCUGAUGAAGGAUUUGAUGUCAAACUUAUUGGAUUUUUCGAUUCUAUUCCAGGAGAACAAAUUAUGAAUCAUCCAAGGAUAAAAAUAGUUGGAAUCCCGCCACCUCCUGACUUCAUGGAUUCGUUACCAGCUUUCGUGCAACUUCCACUGAAACUUUUUUGGAACUUUAUAACUCUUUUCUUGGCUCUCGCUUUUCAAACAAGCGCCUUUAAUUUAAGAAUUAUUCUUAUGCAGAAUCCGCCGGCGCUUCCGACGAUGAUAGUUUGUUUCAUGUUUUCCAUAUUCAAAUUCGCAAAAUUCUCAAUUGAUUGGCACAAUUACAUGUAUUCAAUUCUACAAAAUAAAUACCAAUUGACCGAUGAUCAAGUUUUUGGAAACGAUAAAAAAACCAAAAAAGCCCAAAUUGUGAGAUGUGUUGGAUUCCUAGAAGGUCUAUGUGGAAAACUAUCCGAUUAUAAUCUGUGUGUAACAAAUGCCAUGCGUCGAGAUCUCAUGGAUCGAUGGGGCAUCAGAGCCAGCACAUUCUAUGAUAGGCCGCCGACGUGGAAAUUUAGAGACACAACAAUACAAGAGAUCCAUGAUUUGUAUCUAAGACUUUCACAAAAGGAACGAAUUCUACAAGGAAAAGACGAAGACUCCACAAUUCUGACUCAUAAAUCUUCGAACGGAGUAGUGCAGCUACUAACAACUCGACCCAUUGUGUUUCUCUCUUCCACAUCCUGGACACCUGAUGAACGGUUUGAAAUUCUUCUCGAUGCGCUGGUUGCAUAUGACAAAACAAUCGGACUCCCGCGAGUUUUGAUGAUUAUCACUGGAAAAGGUCCACUGAAAGCGAAAUAUUUACAAGAAAUUCACGAGAAAAAUCUGAAGAAUGUCGAUGUAUUGACUCCAUGGUUGGAAGCAGAAGAUUAUCCAAAGAUUCUAGCCUCUGCUGACUUAGGAAUCUCUUUGCACACAAGCACGUCUGGAUUGGAUCUUCCGAUGAAAGUUGUUGAUAUGUUUGGAGCUAAAGUUCCAGCAUUGGCUCUAAAAUUCAAAUGUAUUGAUGAGCUCGUUGAGGAGAAAACUAAUGGAUAUCUUUUCGAUGAUUCUGAGCAGUUGAGUCGUCAAAUUAUUGAACUUUCUCGUGGAUUCCCAAAUAAUUGCAAUGAAUUGAUACGGCUCAAGAAGAAUACACAGGAGCAAAAAUUCGAUUCUUGGGAAGUGAUGUGGAAGAGAUCAGCUACCUCUGGUGCAGACUUUCGAGUUCCAGACAAUGGAUUCGCCAAACUUCGUGCAAUUAUUCAAUUCUCAUUUUUCGCUAUUUUAUUGAUCAUGCCGAUUCACUUAUUUAUGGGCACUUUUUCGGGGGCAUUCAGAUCGCUUUAAUUUUUUUUCGGGGUUUUGUACAUUCAAUAAACUAUUGGCC